AUGGAAUUUGCUUGUUGCAUCAAAACUACAUGUGAAGCUCACGAUCCUCUUAUUUGUACACGUUGUGAACGAAACUUCCACGUCGAUUGUGCGCUGCCAUCUAAAUCACUAAAUUGGGAGCCCGAUGAAAGCAUAAGACUAAUGUGGAGGUGCCCCUCCUGUGGCAGCGCCUCUCCUCGUAACAAUAAAGACGAUACUCCUUGCCGUAAUUGUUACAAAGCGCUC